AUGUUCGCUGAGCGUCCUACCACCCUGCCGGUGCCCAUACCAUCGCGCUCUGCCAUGUCUCCCCCUAUACGGUCCAAUUCUCCCACUGCUUCCUCCCGUCCGCGAUCUCGACAUUCCUCCAAGGCCUCCCCUGCUCUGCACCUGGGAAACCUCCCUCGAUUCCACCCCGCCGUCUACCAGUCCUCGAAUCCAAACAACCAUUUCACGCAGUCUCCAUCUCCGAACCAACAGCGCCCUUCCCUGAGCUCUCGCGAGGCUCUACGUCAGUACCGGGAGCUUAUCGCCAGCAUUGCCCUGACGCCUCGCAAUCCAGCCUCCACCCCUGGUCCCCGACCCGCAAAGCCCCGUCUCGCCCCGAUUGGCAGUCCGGGCCCCGUAACACCGCUCAGCCUGGAAGAGCAGGACGACAGUUAUUUCACUGCGACGCCGCAUUCCACCGAAAGCACGUCUAGGGGUGAUCAUCCUCCUCCGCAAGAGGUGCUCGAGAGGCUCCUCGAGCGCGAGAAUGAGCGCAUCGCCUCGACAUCGGGGUCUCGAACAGAGAAGAAGGCGCGGUGA